GGGUCUCAGUCAGCCGCUGUCGGCCACAGCGCGAACAUGUGGUUGCAAUGCUUGGCUGCGACGUUGCUCAUCGCCGCUGCCGCGUCCCGCGAGGUCUUCACCAACACGUUCCUCGUGCGCUUCAAGCGCUCCGUGCAGCACGACGAGGCCCACCAGCUAGCGCUGCGCCACGGCUUCGACAGCCUCGGACCGGUGCUGGGCUCUGACACAGAAUGGCACUUUGCGCACCGCGGCCUGCCACAUGCGCGCCCGCGCCGCUCUAUCGCACACACGCGCAUGCUCAAGCAACACCCACUUGUUCACACAGCAGUACAACAAACCGGUUUUAAGAGAGUAAAGAGGGGAUUUCGUCCCUUAAGGCUACCGGAACCUGCGCCAGCGCCCGCUGCCGAACCCCGUGACCCCUAUUUCCCCUUACAAUGGUACUUGAAGAAUACGGGACAAAAUGGGGGGAAGCCUAAACUGGAUUUGAACGUUGAAGCCGCCUGGGCUCAAGGGUAUACGGGGGUGAAUGUUACAACUGCUAUAAUGGAUGAUGGUGUCGACUACAUGCAUCCAGAUUUGAAGUACAAUUAUAACGCAGAGGCUUCGUAUGACUUCAGCAGCAACGAUCCGUUUCCGUAUCCCAGAUAUACGGACGACUGGUUUAACAGUCACGGCACGCGAUGUGCAGGGGAGGUUGCAGCAGCGAGAGACAACGGUGUUUGCGGCGUCGGAGUGGCGUACCACUCCAAAGUUGCCGGUAUAAGAAUGUUGGACCAGCCCUACAUGACGGACUUGAUCGAAGCGAACUCUAUGGGGCACGAGCCCCAUAAGAUUCACAUUUACAGCGCUUCCUGGGGGCCUACGGAUGAUGGCAGGACUGUUGAUGGACCCCGUAAUGCUACUAUGAGGGCUAUUGUACGAGGAGUGAAUGAGGGUCGUAACGGUCUGGGCAACAUCUACGUGUGGGCGAGCGGUGAUGGCGGUGAGGAUGACGACUGCAACUGCGAUGGUUAUGCAGCUUCCAUGUGGACCGUCUCCAUCAACAGUGCCAUAAACGACGGUCAGAACGCCCACUAUGAUGAAUCCUGCUCAUCAACGCUGGCGAGUACAUUCAGUAAUGGCGCCCGAGAUCCCAGCACUGGAGUGGCAACUACCGACCUCUAUGGAAAAUGUACUGCAACUCACUCGGGCACGUCAGCCGCUGCGCCUGAAGCUGCCGGAGUUUUCGCGCUUGCUCUGCAUGCUAACCCCAGUUUAACGUGGCGAGACAUCCAACACUUGACUGUUUUGACAUCAAAGCGAAAUUCUCUUUAUGAUGCCAAGGGCCGUUUCCACUGGACGAUGAAUGGCGUAGGACUGGAGUUCAACCAUCUGUUUGGAUUUGGUGUGUUAGAUGCGGGCGCCAUGACAGCACUGGCUGCCAACUGGCGAUCAGUGCCACCACGGUACCAUUGCGAGGCUGGAUCUGUUAAUACACAUACCGAAAUCCCCUCAGAAGGUCUUCUGACCCUGAAGAUUGAUACGACAGCAUGUGCUGGAACACCGAGCGAGGUGCGCUACUUGGAGCACGUGCAGGCCGUCGUCAGCGCCAACGCCAGCAGGCGCGGUGACCUUGAACUCUUCCUUACCAGUCCAAUGGGCACCAGGUCAAUGAUUUUGAGCAGGCGUGCGAAUGAUGAUGACUCCCGUGAUGGUUUUACCAAAUGGCCGUUCAUGACCACACACACCUGGGGAGAAUACCCUCAAGGCACCUGGAUCUUAGAGGCACGUUACAACGGUGGUCCAAACAGCAACUCAGGUGACUGGUCAGGGUUCUUCAGAGGCUGGUCCCUAGUGCUUCACGGUACUAGGGCACCCCCUUACGCCCAACUCCAGCCCCAGGACCCCCACUCAAAGCUCGCCGUCGUCAAGAAGGCGCACGAAGACAACGCGAUCAACUAAUACAUAGCAACUAAACCAAGUUUUUAUCACUGAUCAGGGUUUUAUAGUUGAGAUGAUUUUUUAUUAAUAUUUGGUACAAAAUUGUAGAAAAAAAAUUAUAAAUCAAACAUUCUUGUUGGCGCAAUUUAAGUCAUUUAUCUUUUCUGUGAGGGUAUAUUUUUGUUUGAACGAAGGUCAUCUUGGAAUAAAGAAGAAUGUUUUAUGUGUAUUUUCUGGAAUGUGAUGGACUGUUGAAAAUGGGUUGGUUUUGGACAUCUAUUGCAGGGGUCUCAGCUACUGUCCUUCACUCAGACAUAUAGUUUUGAUUCCGUUAAGGUCUAUACUCAAAAUAAAUCAAACCCUUUCUGGUAAUCAGCUUGAUAUUUUAUAAUCGGUACUACUUUUAAUACCUAACGAUUGAGUUUCAUUAUUAUGAAAAUACGAUAAUGACUACAUUAAAAUUGACUAAAAAAAAUUAUUAAAAUAACGCAAAUAAAUGAUCAGUGAUUUAAAUUUGGAUUCGAAAGCAAUGUAGGCAUAACAUUUGUUGCGGAAAAUUAACUUUUUUAAUUACAAUCUCUUCCGAAUACAGACAAAUUACAAAACUUCAAAAUUACAGAUCGGUUAAAUUUUUAAUGACUCUGUAAUAAAUGUUAUGUUUACAUAAAAAAACUCGAGCGUCUGUAAAAACUUAUGUAUUUUUGUACAU